AUGUCAGCACUCACCUGCACACAGUUUCUGAACCUGAAUUUAAAGGAUGUUUCAUCAAUGUCCACCACCGUGACAUUAAAUGCAGCCUCCUUUGGACGGCGCGACUUGAACUUAUUUAUUGAGAGUCUAGAAACCAUAUCUCGCUUGGAGAAGGAGAGAUACGAGAGAUGCCAGCUUCAGCGCGAGCAAAGACUACAUCAGGCGCGAAAGACAGCGUUGGCGCAUAACCGAUGUUCCAGUCCGACACCCACAGCCGAUGAAGCCGUAGACGAGCCGCUCUUAUAUCUGGAGUCGAAGUGCAUACCCUAUGCUGUUUCUGACCAUUUGGUUGCAGAGAGCGACUGCACACCUUGUCCCGAAUACCAUUUGCGUGACGACGAAGCGUACGGAAGUGUUUCAUAUUCAGCGCGCAGCAGCGUUACCUACUGUAGCUGCGGUGGAAUCUCCACCCUGGAUUCAUACUCCGGAGAGUCCGAGGUUAAGAGGAUACCAUCUGUGCAUCCGACUUCCCAGGCUAUAACGCAGAAUAAAUAUAGUUCAACGCGAUCCCGCAUAAUUAACUUUGUGUUAAAGAGAAAUAAGGCUAAGCCCACUUUCGCUGAGCAUCUGCAGGGACAGGGAAAGUGCGACACGUUAUUUAGCGAGAACAUAAGUCACCAGUUCCCACGGCUUACUACAAGUCAAAAAAGGUUUUCUGGAUAAAGCCCUUAGAUAUCUCACAUUAUAAAAUGCUUCUCCAUGUAAAGAUUAUGUUGUAGGAUUGUUUAUAAAACAUUUGAAACUAUUAAAGUUAAUUGACACAA